UAGCUAGGGUUACACAACUUGAUAAAACAAAGCAAAACUCAUCAGUGUCCUUCCACAACUGCGUCGCCAGCUGCUUCAUCCUGGUAAAACUCAGCGACGCAUCAACACUAACCGAGAAGACAACAGAAAUGGCGAAGUCGAAGAAUCACACUGCGCACAACCAAUCGUACAAGGCCCACAAGAACGGCAUCAAGAAGCCCAAGCGCCAUCGCCACACCUCCACCAAAGGGAUGGAUCCCAAGUUUUUGAGGAACCAGAGGUAUGCAAGG